AAAUCGUCCCUAUUUCCACUUUCGAGUUAAAUCCUGGUACUAGCGUGACGAGCCGGACGUCACGUGUACAUCAUGAUUCAUCUAUUGGGUUAUGACCCUGGUACUCUCAGCAACUCCGAACCUACCCAAAAUGGGGUUUUAAUUUUUUGGCAGUUCCUUUGCGAAAAAUGUAAUUUCGUGUCUGUUCUAGACCGAUUGACAAAAGUACAAAGUUUUCGAGAAGUUUUGAGUUGAAAAUAGUGGCAGAAUGGCUCCUAAAAGAGAACAAGACGUGUCUUCAAGUGUUAACGCCGCUGUUUCUGAUUCCGAAGGGAAUCUAUGGACAUCAAUUUUAGCUGAAGUUCAGACCAAAGGAAACAACAAACUUCCAUCAAACAAGAACCUCCUCGUCUUAGGUGACAAUGAUUCCGGGAAAACAACUUUAAUAGCAAAACUCCAAGGGGUUGAAGACCCAAAAAAAGGCUAUGCCUUGGAAUAUGCUUACAUCGAUGUGAGAGAUGAGUACAGAGAUGAUAAUACAAGGUUGAGUGUUUGGGUUCUUGAUGGGCACCCGGCCCAUUCCCAACUCCUUAAAUUCGCCCUGCCAGCUGAAAAUAUGCCCAACACUCUGGUUAUGUUUGUCGCAUCGAUGACCACUCCUUGGGAUAUUUUUGAUCAGCUGCAAAACUGGGUCAUGGUGUUACAGGACCAUAUCGAAUCGUUGAAAUUACCCUCAGAGAAAUUUCAAGAGUACCGCCAAAAAAUUGUUCACAAGUGGCAAGAAUAUGCCGAGCAUGGUGAUGAUUUGGAUAUGGAGGUGAGGAGGACAUCUAGGAACCUCGAGGAUGAAAUGGAUCAACUCCCUCUCUCAGAAGGCGUCCUCACUUCAAAUCUCGGUUUAGACAUUGUCGUUGUGAUUACAAAAACGGAUUACAUGACUACGUUAGAAAAAGAGCACGAUUACAGAGACGCCCAUUUUGAUUAUAUUCAACAAUGGAUCCGCACAUUCUGCCUUCAGUAUGGGGCAGCUUUGUUUUAUACAUCAGCCAAAGAAGAUAAAAACUGCGAUCUCCUCUAUAAAUAUUUAACACAUAGACUUUACAAUUUACCCUUUAGAACCCCUGCUCUGGUUGUGGAAAAGGAAGCCCUUUUAAUCCCAUCGGGAUGGGAUAACAUGAAGAAAAUAAGCAUUGUGUGUGAGAAUCUCCAAUACAUGAAACCAGACGAUUAUUAUCGCGAUGUCAUUCCACCUCCUUCAACAAGAAAAGUAGGUGCAAGCAGAGAAAUAGAAAUCGUAGCAGAAGAUGAACAAGUAUUCCUUGCUCGAAUGCUCACUUUACUCCAGCAAGGACACGACCGUGCAUCGCCAGCUGUUCAGAAAACAGGAGACAGAUCGAGACUUCAAGCUUCCCCUAUUCAAGGGCCUCAUACUUCACCCAAGAAGGUCGAUGCGAGCAAAGUGACAAGCACAAGUGGUGAAGGAGUGCUUGCCAAUUUUUUCAACUCCCUUCUUCACAAAAAGACAGGCGCAGUUGCCGGUGCUACCGGCUCGCCAAAAGCUCCAGGGAGUUUAGAAGCCGCAGUCGAAAAGGCGUUCAUGAGGUCUGAUGCAGCUGCAGAACUAGAUAGACUCACGAGGACAAAAUCACCUGGGGGCAGCAACAGCUUGGAUUCAUCUAAUUGUUAACAUAUUUUAUUUCAUUGUAAUCUUUGUUUGUUUGUUUUUAUUAGUAUUUGAUUUACAUUGAUUAACUACAUGUUAACUAAAUAAUUUAUAUUUUAUUUUCAUGCAAUAUUUGUUUUAUAUUUAUGUAUGUUUUUUUCACCCUGUAGCU